AACAGAGGAGGAGGAGAGGAGGGGAGUUGGGGAUGAUGAUGAAGAACAGAUGAGAUCAAGGAGGGAUCAUUUCCUGCGGUCUCCUUCAGCCAGCUCCACAGCCAGCUCCACAGACCCUGACCGGAGGCUCCCUGUAGAUUUCUGUGUGCACCAGGAGACACACAGUGAGAACGUCUCCACGGAGCAUGUGGACUUUCUGUUGGCUCGCCAGCAGUGGAAAAAGAUGGAGGAGGAGGUCAAAGGUCGGGCCAUCCCCAAACCGGGGCUCAGAGCUCAGGGGAGCUUCCAGGGCACCCACACCUCACUGUAUCCCCCGACCCGCAGCCCCCGACUCAAACACAGGGAGAUUCAUCCACCCGUGCCCAGGGAGCCCCCCCUGUCCUCCACCGUGUCCCCAAGUUCGGAGGACUCAGGCCUGGAUGACUCAUCUUACCGCAGCCCCCUGGAGGAGCCAGAGACCGCUGUGGAGAGAGAGAUCCGACUGACUCUGGAGAGAGAGGAAAGGCACCGCAGGGAGAGGGGGCUGAUUGCACAGGGCCUGACUAUACCCAGACCAUCCACCCUGCAGACGGGACGAUCUCCACCCCGACCUCCUGCCUGCCGCACUCCUACUCUGUCCAUCUCUCCUUCCCCUUCCUGCUCCUCUUCCCUUCCCCGAUCCGUCUACCAUGAAAUGACCGCCAACAACGUCAUCAUCCUGGAGCCCGACUCCUCCGGCUCUGCCUCUAGGAACCGCCUACUCUCCUCUGCAAUCGGAGGUCUCUCCGAUUGGCCGACGAGCCUGGACGUGGUGCCCUCCGCCAACGUCAUUGUAGUAGAAACCUCCAACCUGAUCAUUCGCAGUGCUUCCGAGUUCUGCCUGAGCUCUGCCCCCGUGGCCAUGGAAACACAGGAGAGCACUUUCUCGUCCAAUCCGUUUUUUAAGCUGCGCUCCCUCAGCAGCCAGUCGCUUGUGGAGCAGGAGAUCAGGAUGGUGAGGCAGAGGGAGGAAGAGUGGAGGAGGCAGAGGGAGGAGAUGUGGAGGAGGAGAAGAGAGGAGGAGUGGAGGAGAGGGAGAGAGAGGUACGACACAGUGCUGGUGUCUCCAGGCCUGAAUGAUAGCAUCAGUUACAACGUGCCAGAGGUUUCAGACAGAUGUGUCUCCUCGCCUUCGUCCCCCUCCAGAACCCGCAAAAUGGAACGAUCCAGUUUGUCUUGUGACCACAAGUUCCCCCCUUCCCUCUCUUCGGUGCCUCAACGACAGAACGCCAUGGCGCAACGAUGGGAGGCCUCCCUAUUAGCCAAUCAGAAGAAGGAUUGAGCAACGACAGCCAUUUAAAAGCCAAAAUGAAGUCCCACACCUUUGUUUAUUCCUUACUUUGUCCUUAAAAACUCACACAUUCCUGUCUGUCAGCAGCAGAAGUCUCCUGCAGUGUCUGUCCAAACUGUGGGUUAGAGCCAGUGGGUCUAUGAGUCUGUUUUCUGUGGGAUGCCACAUUAGAAGAGAAGAGGGCUGCUUCUUUCAGUAAGCUUGGUUUCACAGAUUAAGAUCAUUUACCUAGUUUGGCUGGAAAGUAGACAAAUCCUUUUUUCAAAGUCAAAGUGUUUUUAUGCAUGCUGUCUGAAAGAGUAUGACUGUAUGACGCAAUGGAACUGUUUAAACAUUUUCCUAAUAUAUAUUAACUUCUGUGGACUUCUGAGGCACUUUCCUAGGAGGUGUACAACAAUAAUAAUUGCGUAUAAAAUUGCAACCACAAUAAUACCGUAGUUUUUGACAUGUGAGCCAAUAUUUUAUGUAAAAUCAGGAAGCACAUGUCAAAAUCUGCUGUAUUCUUUAAUAUUUAAUAUUUAAUAUUUACAGCACUUUGUUAGCUAGAUGUUAAUAACUUAUGGCACUAUUGAUAUUGAUUGAUUUUUGUAAUUAUGAUUGACUGUGAUGCAGUGAUUUUCAAACCUUUUCUGGGCAGUCGCAUUUUAAUUUCAGAUUUUAAUAUAUUUUAAAGUGACUUCUUUAAAAGCAUAUGUGUAUUUUGAAAUACUAGCUAUGCAUUACAGAGAUUUGAGAAGGUAAAUGCAAAAAUAAUUUAGCAUGUUGUGUUCAAAUGACAAUUUAUGUAUUUUAAAGGGGCCAACCCAGACUUUGAAAAUCACUGCCGUAAUGAAAUGUUAUAAUGAGCCAUUAAUCAGAGGAGUUUGGAUGUCCCAGGUUUCUGUCUCAGCCAUGUUGGCUAAACAGCGCUAUCUGCUAACUGAACAUCAUUUGGGUCACAGUUGCACAUACUAACUUUUGCCUCUUCUUUGGUUGGUUGUAACCCAGAUAGAGUUCAGUUUUGUGGGCUUCUUAUCAACAAGUGGAAAGAACAAAUAACUAUUUCAAAUAUUUUGAAAAUAUUUCAAUCUCAAAGCUGCAAGCAAUCCUCAUUUUCUUUACUCUCUCCUCGGAAUAUAAGGCAUACAGCACGCAGCAUGGACAUUUUUGACAAAAGCUGUUGAUGUCCUACACAAAACCAACAAUGGCACAAGUUGAACCGUAGCCUACUUUUAAAUCAAUAACUUUCAUCAGCUAGGAACUUAAUAUAACAUUAGUUUUGGUCAACUCUGUUUGCUGCUCUUCAUCAUACUAUUGGAACAGCAAGCAGAAGUACUCAUUUGUCAAGGCAGCAAUCAUUAGCUUCUGAAGAAAUAUGUCACCACUACUGGUGACAAAAAUUGCAAAAAAAGAGUCCACUGUGGAUACCAGAGAAAAUAUGGCCUGUGUUUUCAGAUUGAAUGCAAAGGGAAUGGGGUCAUAUUCACUCUCAGCACAAUCAGUUGUUGCUAGCUAGCUUCCAGCUAACAUAUAUAGUUAAAUAGCUUCCAGCUAGUCUGACUUAUUGGAUGUAGGCGGCAUUCUCCUCCCUUUCUGCUUCCCGUGCCUGUCAUUGUUUUUAAAAUCCCUGUCGCUACGGGAAAUGACAACCUCGUAACUAACAACCUACAUGCUGAAAAUGGCAAGUUUUAAAGAGGAUUUCUAUUGUGCAAUCACACAGUUGACAUAUAUCUUUGCUGUUUUUUGUAGCGUUAUCUCUUAGCUAUUUAAAUGAUGAUCCAUAAUGAAGGUCCCUCCGACACUGUUUUACAGGAGUACCAUUGCCGCAUCCUCGACUCAACACUGCCCAAGACAAUUGUGAUUGACUUAAAGAAAUGCAAACAAGCCAAAGCAUAUUUCCCCAUAUAGCCUAUAGCACACUGAUAAUGGGUGAAGUCAGACCUUGCUCCAGCACUGACACAGCGCUGUGGAGAAAAGUCUGCCUACACCAGACUAGCUUCCAGCUACUGUACAUAGCUAGCUAGCUUUGUGCUAACGUCUCAAUUGAUAGCUACCUUCCAGCUAAUGUCUAUGUUCGCUGUUUGGGUCGAAUAAACAGACCAUAAAAACAUCACAGCUGUCAAAUGAAUAAACUUGAGGCAAAAAUCCACAUUCAGUCUGAACACCUUUAAAAACAGACACCAUGGUGGUUUUAUGGAUGUUAUUACAACAUUUACAGCCAGAAUGUUUUAGUUUUCUGUGUAUUAGCAUGGUGCAUAUAGUCGAGUCCAGACACUUUUUUAAAUCUCUAUAGACUCUAUCUAUCUGUGGCUCUGCUGUUAUAGCAAAAAACUUGAGCACUCCUGAACGAAUCAGAUAUUCUAACCCUAAUGUCAAGUGAAGAUUUUUACAUAUUUUUAUGUCCUGUCUUGAUUCCUAGAAAGAGAUGUAUUGUAUUUUUGCUGCCUAUAUUUAUGAAUUGAGCAGUGCUUAUAAAUCUUAAAGUUUUUAUUUGUAAAAGGUUUCUAAUAUAUAUAUCGUGUCACCAUGACUAUUUGACAUUGGAAGUCUGCCAUGUUUUCUAGGAGACGGCUUUUGUGCGCAUUGUGUGCAUGUGUGUAUGAGUGUAUGCUAACCCAUCCUUCAUUCCUCAGUUAGUCAGGGCUUACUAUAGUUUGGCUUCUAGCUCCAGCACGAGCUCACUCACUGGUUUACCCUGUAAACUAGACGCAGUUCAGCUGUGGAGUAAAGGUGCAUUCAAGUCAAUUCAGAAAGGGGAUAUUAAUUGUCAUGGUGAAAUCAAACCAUGUUAAUGGCAGCAGUUUCAGUUUAGCAUCACAUUUGUAUUUGUAUUUUGUAUUACAGUAUAAAGUAAGCUACAGAGGAUCAAACUGAAUUAGCUAAAUUAAGUGGCUUUCUUUAUCCUGACUGUGUGGUGUAGGUAUAUUGCCAGUGUUGUGUAGAAGACAGUUUCCUAUCAGUUAAUGUUUCCCCUUACCUGAACUGAACCCAAAUAAAGUAAUAAUGUAUUUGAAAUAUUAAUAUGUAAUUCCUCACCAAGUCUGAUGUUAGCACAAAACCAGGCAGAUGGUUAAAUGAUUGUGUCUUUGUUGCUUUGCUUCUUGCGCAACAAAAAUAUAAUUUAAUGAGAUGGACAAACCUCCAGAGUCGUAUUUCUUUAAAAAAUUAUGAUGCAAGAUCAAAGGUGAAGCAAUAGCAUGAGUUUGUGAUUGUUUGUCAAACUACCUUGUCCGCAUCUUAUUUGAUAAAAUAGCCUAUCAGUCAUUACCACAGGCUGAGGUCAGCCAUUAAAGCAAAGCUAUAGAAGUGAAUGACAGGAGCAGGAGAGAGUCCUCAUUGCUCUUUAGUAGAUUUACAUUUAGUGGCAUCAAACAUGCUCUGUGGAUGCUACAGCUUGGACCCUCGCUACCCAGAUGCAUGAAGAGAAUGAAGCUUAAAAUGUCAUCUCAUACGUUUAUUGUUUCUCUGGAAAAUCGAUAGCUGGUAGCUUGAUUUGGCUAACUCAAAUUUCUAUACCCUCACAUUAGCUUGAGUUAAUUUUUUUUUUUGCACAUAAUGGUUACUGUCCCCUAUGUCUGCUAUCUCAUGUUAAGAAGGGAUCAGUCCAGGGCCAGUGUUCUAUGUGGCAUGUGAGUAUUGUAUUAAGCUAGAUUUGAAAAAAUCUGAACCCUUUAAAGUUGUGAUGUAUCAGACUCUGAGAUGUGUUGAAUACACAGUGAUAGCUGCCCUGUUUUGAGAUCAGCAUGUCAUGAUGUUGCUGUGGUAGAUAAACUGUAUGAUAACACACCACUGUAUGCUCAGUGUUUGCCCUGUGAUUUCAUUGCAGUUGGGGUCUUGUAUUCAUAUCCAUACCUUGUCUGAGUUCAGCUUUAGCUUCAGUGCAGUUUAUGCCAUCAACUAUUUAAGAUACGGAGCAUUAGUUUUAGUUUUGAGGAGACAGCGUAUUUUGUCAUAAUCUUCUUUAACAUUUUCUGAUUCUCUCCUGUCAGGUAUUUGACACUACACACUAUCUGCUAGGAUUUUCUGUAUGGACUCAUAUAAACAGCUGUCCUGACUAUUAAAGCAUUUCCUCACUAGUGUCAUUAAUUCUGGUUCUGUUUUCUGACCUUAUUUGCCUUUGUAUCAUUUAUUUAUUUAUUUAUUUAUUUAUUUGUUAUUGCCAAAUUAAAGGUCUUGUGGUGACAUCUUCAAUAAAG